CCAGGUCCCCGCCUCUCCCUUUCCCGUCCCAGGACGCGUUGCGCGGCCGAGGCCGGAAGUUGGCGGGUUCCCGGGUGCGUGUCCGUGUGUGUCUGUCUCGCGGCGGCGCGCGGCCUCGGCCCCGGCCGAGCUCUCGGGGUUCCCGUCCUUAGGGGCGUCGCCCGCUGUCACUGUCACUACCCCGCGGAGCCCCUGCGGAGGGGAGCAGGCCGGCCCUGUCGUCGGGCGAAGAAGAUGCUGCCCCUGUCCAUCAAGGAUGACGAGUACAAGCCACCCAAAUUCAAUCUGUUCGGCAAGAUCUCGGGCUGGUUUAGGUCCAUCCUGUCGGACAAGACGUCUCGGAACCUGUUCUUCUUCCUGUGCCUCAACCUCUCCUUCGCUUUCGUGGAACUGCUCUAUGGCAUCUGGAGCAACUGCUUAGGCCUGAUCUCCGACUCUUUCCACAUGUUUUUCGACAGCACUGCCAUUUUGGCCGGAUUGGCAGCUUCUGUCAUUUCCAAGUGGAGAGACAAUGAUGCUUUCUCUUAUGGGUAUGUAAGAGCGGAAGUCCUGGCUGGCUUUGUCAAUGGCCUGUUUCUGAUCUUCACCGCUUUUUUCAUUUUCUCAGAAGGAGUUGAGAGAGCCUUAGCUCCUCCAGAUGUUCACCACGAGAGACUGCUGCUUGUUUCAAUUCUUGGGUUCGUGGUAAACCUCAUAGGAAUCUUUGUGUUCAAGCAUGGAGGUCAUGGACAUUCUCAUGGCUCUGGCCAUGGGCACAGUCAUUCCCUCUUUAAUGGUGCUCUCGACCCAGUCCAAGGCCAUGGAGAUCAUUGCCAUAGUCAUGAGAUGAAGCACGGUGCUGCACACAGCCAUGACCAUGCUCACAGUCAUGGCCACUUCCAGUCUCACGAUGGCCCUUCUGUAAAAGAAACAACAGGACCCAGUAGACAGAUUUUACAAGGUGUAUUUUUACACAUUUUGGCAGAUACACUUGGGAGUAUUGGUGUUAUUGCCUCUGCUAUUAUGAUGCAGAAUUUUGGUUUGAUGAUAGCAGAUCCUAUCUGUUCAAUCCUCAUAGCUAUGCUUAUUGUUGUAAGUGUUAUUCCUCUUUUAAGAGAAUCAGUUGGAAUACUAAUGCAAAGAACUCCUCCUCUGCUGGAAAAUUCUCUGCCUCAGUGCUAUCAGAGGGUGCAGCAGUUGCAAGGAGUUUACAGUUUACAGGAGCAGCACUUCUGGACUUUAUGUUCUGAUGUCUAUGUUGGGACCUUGAAGUUACUUGUAGCACCCGAUGCUGAUGCCAGGUGGAUAUUAAGCCAAACACAUAAUAUUUUCACUCAGGCUGGAGUGAGACAGCUUUAUGUACAGAUUGACUUUGCGGCCAUGUAGCGAAUGAAGAGAAAUUAUUUUUUGGACCAAAUUUUCUGGUACUGUGCAAUCCAAAAUAUUGUACCCAGCUCUUUAAACUCGAGAAAUCGUCGCCACAGCUCCCUGCACCAAGCAGACCAGGUAGCCAGCCAAGUGUGCAGCCGCGGGGGUGCCACUGAGAAGGAGGCGCCUCAAUUGGGUCUGCUUUGUGCUCUUCUCACUAAGCCAUUCUGAUUGCUGAGGUUUCUGGUUUUGUUCUAGGGUGUUGGUUUGUCCCAUACAUACACACACACACACACACACACACACACACACACACACACACACACUUUUUUGCUUCUUUGGUGAUGGUGGUGGAGGUUCAUGUUAGAUACCUUCACUCUGUCUCAUCCCAUCCAGCCAGUGAAAAAUUCAGAUUGUGGGCCUGCAGCCAUCGAAAUAUCUUCAUAGAAGCUGCUGGAAACCACUGCUUUUAUCCUCACAAAACCAGUGUUAC